AUGCCGCUUCCCGCCGCGCUGUUCCGCUGCGGAGGCCUCUCCGGGUCCCUGUUGAGCACCGGCCUCCGCCGCAGCCUCCGGCUCUUCCCUCCGCUCCGGCCCGGGGGCUGCCCGGGGACCAGCGGCUCCUCCCGGCUCGGGCUGUCCCUGGAAACCAGCGGGAACCCGGCGGCUCCGUGUCCUGCGGCGCUGCGCGGGCUGCGCGUCACGCUCCAGUUCCCGCUCCAGGAGUUCAUCCUGGCCAUGGGCUUCUUCCUGGUGCUCGUCAUGGAGCAGAUCGUGCUGGCCUACCGGGAGCAGGCGGGCGCGCUGGAGGAGGAGACGCGGGCGCUGCUGGNCGGCUCCAUCCAGGCGCCGCGCUGGCCCGACGGCCCCGGGCCGGCGCCGCCGGAGCGGCCCCACGUGCACGUGGACCUCAACGCGCACUCGCCCGUGCGCUCCCUGCUGCUCGUCUUCUCGCUCUCGCUGCACUCGGUGUUCGAGGGCCUGGCCGUGGGGCUGCAGGAGGCCGAGGCCAAGGUGCUGGAGAUCUGCGUGGCGCUGCUGCUGCACAAGUGCGUGGUGGCCUUCAGCCUGGCGCUGCAGCUGCUGCAGGGCCGCCUGCGCCCGCGCGCCGUGGCCGCCUGCCUGCUGCUCUUCGCCCUCAUGUCGCCGCUGGGCGUGGGGCUGGGCACGGCGCUGGCGGCGGGCGCCCUGCAGCGCCUCUGGCGCAGCGUCCUCGAGGGGCUGGCCGCCGGCUCCUUCGUCUACAUCACCUUCCUGGAGAUCCUGCCGCACGAGCUGGCCGGCGCCCGCCACCGCAUCCUCAAGGUCAUCCUGCUCAUCGCCGGCUUCGCCCUCGUCACCGCCAUCCUCUUCAUCAAGAUUUAACCCCCGCCCCGGCCCC